AUGGCUCCUUUUUCUUUGGACCCUGUCCAACAGACCGUCCCGUUCGGAGAAUACAUCUUCCGCAGAAUCGAGCUUCUUGGAGUCAAGUCUGUAUUUGGCGUUCCCGGAGACUUCAACCUUGGGCUUUUGGAACACAUUUAUUCCACCAACGUCCAGUGGUACGGUGGAUGCAACGAGUUGAACGCCGGCUAUGCUGCUGAUGGCUACGCUCGAGCAUCUCACAAGUUCGGCGUUCUGGUUACCACGUUUGGCGUUGGCUCGCUAUCGGCCAUGAACGCGUGCUGCGGUGCAUGGUCUGAAUUUGUUCCCCUGUUGCACAUUGUCGGUGCCACAUCAACAGCGCAACAACUGUCUGGCCAAUUGAUCCACCACGUUGCUCCCAAAUCGACCUUGUCGAGACCAGUCAACCACUCCAUCUACGCAGAGAUGGUCGAACCAAUUGCUUGUAAAGUCGAAUCCAUCAUGAGUCUCGACAAAGCUCCUGAGAAGUUCGACUACCUGCUCAAAGAAAUCAUCGAUACCAAAAAACCAGGCUACUUAUUUCUGCCUUGCGACCUGGUGGAUAAACCUGUUGAUGCCUCGAGACUGGAAACUGUGGACUUGUUCAAACCAAUAGAACCAGUUCCAAACGGUCUAGCGUACCAGAUUGCUUCGCUUGUAUUGUCCAAGCUGUACUCUUCCGCCCGUCCAGUCGUUCUUGGCGAUAUCCUAACCGACAGAUUCGGUCUCACAGAAACCCUGAGAAACUUUGUCCAAGCUACCAAAAUACCAAAUCUGUCCACUUUUAUGGGCAAAUCCAUUUUAGACGAAACCUUGCCGUGGUACGUUGGUGAAUAUAAUGGGAAUGUCUCCAAUCCAGACUCUCAAAAGUUCGUCCAAAGUUGCGACCUAAUGCUCCAUGUUGGAAAUUACCCAAAUGAAAUUAAUUCCGGCCAUUACACUUUCUACCAGAACAUCAAUGACGUGAUAUAUAUGAACCACGAAGGAGUCACUAUAGGCGGUCGUCGAGUUAAUGUCAGUUUCGUUUAUGUUCUUCCUUUGGUCCUGAAAAUGUUGAAUGUGUUCAAGUUGAAACCGUUCCGGAUUCCGUCAUUGAAUAGAGAGAUCAAGCAAGUGCAGUCAAACACGCCAAUUUCACAGACCCAACUGAUCUCCUCGCUGCAAAAGAUGGUCAAGGAAGAUGACACUUUGGUGGUUGACACAGGAACAGUGAUGUUUGGAUUACCCGAUCUCCAAUUACCCAAGAAUACCAGACUGAUCGGGCAGCAUUUCUAUCUGUCUAUUGGAAUGGCUUUGCCAUGUUCGUUUGGAGUUGCAGUUGCACAGCGUGAAAAUGGAUCUAAUUCAAGACUGAUCUUAUUAGAAGGGGACGGAGCCGCUCAGAUGACAAUCCAGGAGUUAUCUGCCUUCAUUAAGUACGGUUUCUCGCCCUUGAUUCUUGUCCUGAACAACAGUGGCUAUACAGUGGAAAGAGCUAUUAAAGGUCCAAUGAGAGAAUACAAUGACGCUAUGCCUAAUUGGAAGUGGACCCGGAUUCUUGAAGUGUUUGGAUCGAAUGAUAGCGAGUCUGUUAAAGUGAGAGAGGUGGCAGAUUUGGAAAGCGAGAUAAAGAGCUUUGGCUUGAAAAUAAAGCUUAUCGAAAUCGAACUUGACAAAAUGGACACUCCAUGGAGAUUUGAUUCCAUGUGUAACUAA